AUGGAAUGGCUGAUGGCAGAGGAAGCAAGGAAUGGGACAUGGGUCCGGGAGUUUAUCCUUGAGGGGUUCCCUGUGGACAAGCACCUGAGGAUUCUCUUCUUCCUGGUGCACUUGCUGGCCUACUUGGCCUCCCUCAUGGGCAACACCCUCAUAAUUAGCAUCACUUGCAUGGACCAUCGAUUACAGACGCCCAUGUACUUCUUCCUCAGCACCUUCUCCUUUGUGGAGUGUUGCUUUAUAACUACAGUUAUCCCCCAGCUGCUGGCCAUCUUUCUGUCAGGAAGGCAAACCAUCUCCUUUGUGGCCUGCUUCACACAGGCCUUUGUCGUUCUUUUCCUGGGGGCAACUGUUUUUUUCCUCAUGGCUGUCCUAUCCCUGGACCGUUAUCUGGCCAUCUGCAAACCUCUACAUUAUCCAACCAUCAUGAGCCCAAGGAUGUGCUUCCUUCUUGGGACUGUCUGCUUGGUUUUGGGGUUCCUCUUCAUAUCUGGUCCAGUUGUGAUGCUUUCCCAGUCAUCCUACUGUGGCCCCAACGUUAUUCCUCACUUUUUCUGUGAUUUUGGGCCACUGGCAAAUCUCUCCUGUUCAGAUACCAGGUCUGUUGAGAUGCUGUUUUUCAACCUUGCUUUAAUUGUGCUUUUUUCUUCCCUCCUGAUAGCCAUCUUUGCAUACAGCAACAUAGUGGUCACAAUAGUGCGUCUCCCUUCGGCCAGGGAGCGACAGAGAGCUUUCUCCACCUGUUCCUCUCAUCUCAUUGUCCUCUCUCUGAUGUAUGGCAGCUGUGUAUUUAUAUACAUGAAGCCAAAGCAGACAAGCAGGCUGGACACCAACCGAGAGGCUGCUCUUGUGAACACGGUAGUGACACCCCUUCUGAACCCUGUCAUCUACACCCUGAGAAACAAGCAGGUCCACCAGGCUCUGAGGGACACACUGUCCAGGGUUCAAUUACACAGAUAUCAGAGGAGCAAUGCACCUUCCCUUUGA